UUCUCUUACAACUCUUAUAAACUUACAAAUCACAAACUUUUGAUCCUCUGCCUCUGCUUUCUUCUUGCCUUAUCCGCAGCAUCACUAUCCCUCUCUUUGGCUGCUUCCCACGAUUUCUCCAUCGUUGGAUAUGCCCCUGAGGAUUUGGAGUCUCACGAAAAACUCAUUGAACUCUUCGAAAACUGGCUCUCCAACUUCGAGAAAGCUUACGAAACCGUAGAAGAGAAGUUACUUAGGUUCGAAGUUUUCAAGGAUAAUCUGAAACACAUCGAUGAGACCAACAAGAAAGCCAAAAGCUACUGGCUUGGUCUCAACGAGUUUGCUGAUUUGAGCCACGAAGAGUUCAAGAGUAAGUACUUGGGACUCGAGACUGAUAUAGUAAAACGCCAAGAUAAUGAAAGAUCUUACCAAGAGUUUGCUUAUAAGGACGUCGAGUCUUUGCCUAAAUCUGUUGACUGGAGAAAGAAAGGAGCCGUUAGCUAUGUCAAGAACCAAGGCUCUUGCGGAAUUUGUUGGGCGUUUUCGACAGUAGCUGCAGUGGAAGGAAUAAACAAGAUUGUGACUGGAAACCUGACAACACUGUCUGAACAAGAACUCAUAGACUGUGACACAACCUACAACAAUGGCUGCAACGGUGGUCUGAUGGACUAUGCUUUUGACUACAUUGUCAGAAACGGAGGUCUUCGCAAGGAAGAGGAUUAUCCUUACUCCAUGGAAGAAGGAACAUGCGAGACGCAAAAGGAUGAAUCUGAAACGGUGACUAUCAACGGACACCAAGAUGUACCUACCAAUGACGAGAAGAGUCUCUUGAAGGCAUUGGCUCAUCAGCCUCUCAGUGUUGCCAUUGAUGCUUCUGGUAGAGAGUUCCAGUUCUAUAGCGGCGUAAGUACACUAUUGAGUAUCUAGCCUCUAAAUUGGUUACGGUUUAUUAACAGAUUUAACUAGUAACAAACCCUAGUGCUUCGGUGAGAUUAACA